GGAGAUAAAGAAGCAGACGGGACGAUGUCGCCACCGGACAUUGGCGGCAUCCUGGAGAACACGAAGGAGCUCGAUCGGUUAAGGAAAGAACAAGAGGAAGUGCUUGUGCAUAUCAACAAGAUGCAUAAGAGGCUCCAGGCUGCUCCUGGGAUAGUUGAGAAACCUGGUGAUACUUCAUUGUCAAAGCUUAAAAUUUUGUACAUUCAGGCUAAAGAUCUUUGGGAAAACGAAGUAACUGUAUCGAACAUUCUGCUUACUCAAUUGGACGCCGUGCUUCCGUCUGGACCAACCGGACAGCAACACAGAAAAAUAGGCACCGAUCAUAAGAGGAAGAGGAUGAAAGUCGAAUCAGAUCCAACAAGGCUUUCUCCUUUCAUGAGAAAUCAAAUUGAGGCUUAUGCACGUCUAAAGGGUGAACAGGUGGCUGCAAGGGUCACAGCAGAAAACGCUGAGAAUGACGAGUGGUUUGUUGUAAAAGUAAUUCAUUUCGAUAGAGAAACGAAAGAAGUGGAAGUACUCGAUGAAGAACCGGGGGAUGAUGAAGAAGGAGGUGGGCAGAGGACGUAUAAGCUAUCGACGUCCCGUAUUUUGCCGUUUCCGAAAAGGAACAACCCUUCUUGCGCCCAAGAAUUUCCUCCGGGGCAACACGUCUUGGCUGUAUAUCCAGGGACAACAGCUCUCUACAAGGCAACUGUCAUAAGUACCCCAAGAAAGAGGAAGUCUGACGAGUACUUGCUUGAAUUUGACGACGAUGAGGAAGAUGGAGCACUGCCUCAAAGAACAGUGCCCUUCCACAAAGUGGUGGCUCUACCAGAAGGCCAUCGCCAGUAACAAUGAUGUCCCCAAUUGACCAUCGUUCUUUGUACAUAAAUCAUACCCCCAAAAAAAGAAUAUCAGAGGAUUUCACGUGUGCAGCAGGUUGCAUAUCUGACUGGAAGUUGCCGUCCGAAGAUUUCAGGCAAUUUGAUGCUGCAUUGAGACAAGUUCUAGAGAAUGGGUAUGUGGUUCAGGCUAAUGCAUGUGUCUCUCUGAGCUCAGAACUCGCAGGAGGCAGAGUUCUUGCCGUUGUGGUGUCGGGUGGAUGACGAUACUGGUAAAUAAGCACAGAAAUCAUUCGCUUACCAUCUUAACGAAGUUUCACUUAGUAUC